AUGGCCGAGUAUACGCGGCUGCAAAAUUGCCUGGCGAUGAUCCGCCUCCGAAACCCACCGGUCAACGCGAUCAGAAUUAACAAGAACAUGAGAAAUAAAACAGGAAGGUAUGGCUGUUCCCAGUCUAGCCAUCACAUCCGCAUUCCUGCCAGAAGUGAGGAGGAAAGAAAAAGAGAAAAACGUGCUGAUAUCCAUAGUUUCAGAAUUCCUAGGACCUCUGGCCUUGCACUGGGAUCUAUAGUAGAUGAAAUACAAAGAAAUGCGAAGCCUGUGGUGGCAGCUAUUCAAGGCAUGGCUUUAGGAGGGGGACUAGAGCUGGCCCUGAGCUGUCACUACAGGAUUGCCCAUGCAGAGGCUCAAGUUGGCUUCCCAGAAGUCACCUUAGGAAUUCUUCCUGGUGCAAGAGGAACCCAGCUUCUCCCCAGACUCAUUGGAGUUCCUGCUGCACUUGACUUAAUUACCUCAGGAAGACAUGUUUUUGCAGGUGAAGCCCUCAAGCUGGGUAUUCUAGAUAAAAUUGUGAACUCAGACCCAGUUGAAGAAGCAAUCAAAUUUGCUCAGAGAGUUUCAGAUCAAUCCAUAGAAUCCCGUAGACUCUGCAACAAGUCAGUUCAGAGCUUGCCCAACAUGGACACCAUUUUCAGUGAAGCCUUCUUGAAGAUGAGGAAGCAGUACCCUGGGUAUCUUGCUCAGGAGGCUUGUGUUCGUGCCGUUCAGGCUGCCUCGCAGCAUCCCUAUGAAGUGGGCAUCAAGAAGGAGGAAGAGCUGUUUAUGUCCCUUAAGGAUUCAGAGCAGGCUAAAGCCCUGCAAUAUGCUUUCUUUGCUGAGAGAAAUGCAAAUAAGUGGACAACUCCCUCUGGAGCAUCCUGGAAAACAGCAUCAGCACGGCCCAUCUCCUCAGUUGGUGUUCUUGGCUUGGGAACAAUGGGCCGAGGCAUUGUCAUUUCUUUUGCAAGGGCCAAUAUCCCUGUGAUUGCUGUAGAACCAGACAAAAAACAGCUAGAGACUGCAAACAAGAUAAUAACCUCUAUCUUGGAAAAUGAUGCAACCAAGAUGCAGCAGAGUGGCCACUCUUGGUCGGGACAGAAACCCAGGUUAACUUCUUCUAUAAAGGACCUUGGUGAUGUAGAUUUAGUCAUUGAAGCAGUAUUUGAAGAAAUGAAGCUGAAGAAGCAAGUCUUCGCUGACCUGUCAAAUGUGUGCAAGCCAGAAGCUUUUUUGUGCACCAAUACUUCAGGCCUGGAUGUUGAUGAGAUUGCUUCUUCUACUGAUCGUCCUCACUUGGUCAUUGGCACCCACUUCUUCUCACCAGCUCACGUCAUGAAGUUAUUAGAGGUUGUUCCCAGCCAAUACUCUUCCCCUACUACCAUUGCCACGGUUAUGAACUUAUCAAAAAAGAUUAAAAAGAUUGGAGUAGUUGUAGGCAACUGUUUUCAGUUUGUUGGGAAUCGAAUGAUGAAUCCUUAUCACAAUCAGGCAUAUUUCUUGUUAGAAGACGGCAGUAAGCCUGAGGAGAUAGAUCAGGUGCUGGAAGAGUUUGGUUUUAAAAUGGGACCUUUUAGAGUGUCUGAUCUUGCUGGGUUAGAUGUGGGUUGGAAAUCUCGAAAGGAAAAAGGUCUUACUGGACCUACAUUACCUCCAGGAACUCCUGCCCGAAAGCGGGACAAUAGGAGAUAUUGCCCAAUUCCUGAUAUGCUUUGUGAAUUAGGACGAUUUGGCCAGAAGGUAGGUAAGGGUUGGUAUCAAUAUGAUGAACCAUUGAGUAGGGUUCACAGACUUGAUCCCUGGCUUUCCAAAUUUCUGUCACAGUAUAGGGAAACCCAUCAUAUUGAACCACGUAUCAUUAGCCAGGAUGAGAUCCUUGAGCGCUGCUUAUAUUCACUUAUCAAUGAAGCAUUCCGUAUCUUGGGAGAAGGGAUAGCUGCUAGCCCAGAGCACAUUGACGUUAUCUAUUUAUAUGGGUAUGGAUGGCCAAGGCACAGGGGUGGGCCCAUGUUCUAUGCCUCCACAGUUGGAUUGCCCACAGUGCUAGAGAAGUUGCAGAAAUAUUACAGGCAGAAUCCUGAUAUUCCCCAACUGGAGCCCAGUGACUAUUUGAAAAAACUGGCUUCCCAGGGAAACCCUCCUCUGAAAGAAUGGCAAAACUUGGCAGGGCCCCCCAGCAGUAAAUUGUGAUGCAGCCUUUCAGGUAAUGCUUCAUAUGCUGGCAUCAGGUAAUACUGAAUUUCAAUGAUAUUAAAUCUAAAAAUUCAAAGUAAGAUUGCUCUGAAAUACAAAGCAAAAGAAAUAAUCGGUCAGCAAAAUCUCCUCUUUGCGUCUUCUGUCUGAUGAUUCUACUGGGUCAGAUCUUUAGGAAUGUGCUUCCUGUGCCUCUGAAUCUGUCCCUAUAAGAUAAACUCAAUGAAUAAACCUGUGUUAAUACCAUAAUAGGUGAUGAGAGAGCCUCAGAAAUAGUUGAGGUUCCCAAGUGUUUUGAUCAUUAGAGAAAUGUCAGCAAUUAAUAAAUGAUAAAUACAGCUAAGUCAGAAAUUUAUUUUGACUUUUUUCAACCUUACACACAUAAUAUUGAUGGGAAAUCUUAAAGAUUGUACAUUCAAUAAACAUUUAUUGAGUGCUUCCUGAGCGUCUUGCACCGUCUGAGAGCACUUGGCAUAUCUAUAAUCCAGAGGGGCAUUAAACCAGUAAGGAAGCCUGUAAUGAAGUGCAGUUUGUAGUCCUCAGAGGUAGAGUGGCCGAAGGCUGGAAUUGUUGAGGGGUGGGAAUGGGGAGUGACUGCUAGUGGGUACAGGAUUUCUUUUGGGGUUGAUAAAAAUGUUCUAAAAU